AUGCUGCGGAGCAAGACAACACGAGUGACGCAGUGGUCAGACCAGGCGUCCCGCAUCGAGCCAAUGGUUGGGCCGUCGACGGGCUACACUCACGACCUGAUCAGCGACAACGCCAAGCACAAUGACAACGGACGAAUCGAGGUGCACUCUACGUUGAGGCACCGGAGUCCCCUGUUCGACCCUCGCUUUGCACGUCUCUGCCACCUUUUCUACUUGUGGGAGCGGACAAGAAAGAAGCAACUCAAGGUCGGGGACAAAAGCUGGCAAAGGGAGGUCGUCUCGCCAGGAGCGAAGGGCCCCACCAAGGGACGGUGCGCUGCUACACAAGCGCGAUACAUACGCGUCCUUCAGAAGAAGUUGAGCAUUCGUUCGAGGAAGGUGACACACUUCGGGCGGAAGCAAGGGAUCAAGUGGCUCGUGAAGUCCGGGAUUCCGCUGGUCGACGUACCGAAGGCGGCCAAGUUUGCGCAACAUGUGCUCAACAAGCACUUCAACAUGUCGUACGCGGACGACACCCCGCUGAGCGUGCAACUGGCCAUGGCAGGCUUUCCGGAGGAACUUUCGGGCGGGGAACUUCCUCGACGGGUAUCGGAUCCCGCGCAUGCGGAAGUGGACAAGGAGGGGGUCAAGGAACUUCUGGACGACAUGCUGCCCUGGAUUGAUAAACAGUACGAGAAAGCCAAGAAGCGCAAUGAAACCGCCCGGUACAAGGCCGACCGUGACGUCACGGAGGAAGGAGUCUUGCACUACCUCCACGUGGGCAAGUUGCUCUUCCUGCAAGACGCCGCCUGCAUCCAAGACCAGUUUAUCGACCUGCCCAUCUUUCAAAUGAAGGUGUUCUCGUCUCCGCAUUGGGACCCGUACAAGAAGGCCAUCCUCGCGGCGGAAGCGGAGCCGGACAGCGUUCUUCCGCCACGGAAGGAUGUGCCGUCCCGCAUUUUAGAGGUGGUUGGGCGCUUGAGCGCUGAGACUGCAUCGAUGAAAGAGGCGAUGCACGGCGUUCAAAGUGACAUGGCUCUUCUUCGACGGGGAACAGGAGAGGUCGGUCUCCAAGUUGUGGGCCUCCGUCACCUGGUGGAACAAUCUGUGUUGGGCGGGCGAACUGCAACAGCUGGUACGGACGGCGUCCCGGCGGGAGCUGGAGGCGGUCCGGCGGAAGCAGGGUCCGCAGGCGAAGCGGAAGCAGGAGCAGCGGCGGCACCGGGGUGUACAACCGAGCGGGAACACAGGCUCGAACAGGAGGGUUGGGAGCUCCGUGCGCAGUUGGCUUUCUACCAGGCCUACUAUGCCCCCGGAUCGGGUGGGGCUGCGGAGCCCGGGGAGGGUGCGGAGGCCGGUGGUCCUGCCGUUGGAGGCCAGCGCGCACGUGAUGGCGCCCCGGCGGAUUCAGGGAUCGCACAGCGACUCGCUGACGAGCUGCGUGCACGCGCAAGAGUUCGGCAAGCGGCAGACGCGGUAAGGUCGGAGGUUCAGGGGGGCAGAUAUUGGCACCGACCGGGGCACCCCUCGGGAGCUCCGGAGCGAGGAGCACCGGAGAGCUUUCCCCAGGGAAGAACACAAGGCGGGCAGGCUGGCCGGGAGGCUGUGAGCGAGGGUCAACCGGGGGCUGCGCGAGGCGGUCAAGAGAUUGGAAGGGGGCAGCCGGGGGUGGUCGCCGGGGCUGGUCCGCACGACGGCACGGCUGCUUGGGGAGUCCAACCGGGGGGCACUCGGCCGAGCACCUGCCGUGGCGAGGCUUCUGCCGACCGGCCUAGCACCUCCGGGAGGGGUUCCGGGUCUCACGGGGCUCGGUCGGGGGACAGUGCGCCGGGAAACAGGUCACAUGCCAAUGUCGGACGGGGCGGUGCCACUGAUCCAGAUGACGAGGAAAAUGAAGAGGACCCGGGAAAGUUCUAUCGAGAAGGGGGCUACCCGUGGCCACAGGUUGUUACCGUGGGGGAUGCUUGGAAGGAUCGAGUGGAGUUUUGGACUAGAGAAUCAUCCGUCUAUCAUGCAACUAGAGGAGGAGAGGAAGUUGUUUCCCGGCAGCAAUUGGCGAAACGGAAAGGCUCAUAG